GUAGAAGAAGAAACAGAAGCGACGACGCUGUUGGCUGAGCACGAUAUUGAAUAGGAGCUCGUCACCGCGGGUUCGUUCGAUGACAAACUCACUUUAUAACAGUAGGUGGCGGUAACGCAUAAAACAACACCAAAAGUAGAGGAAGAAGAAGAAGCAGAAGUGACGACGACGACGCUAUUGGCUGAGCGCGAUAUUUAAACAAAACAAAAAACGAACUCGUUAGCGAGGGUUCGUUCGAUGACAAAUCUUCGGAGAAAAUCGACAAUUGUAUUUGUAUUCAUUUAUUAUACAUCACCAAAGGAAAAUGGAUGUGGCCGCUUGUUUACAAGCGUUUGAAAGGCGUUUCAGCUCGUACACGGGAGAUGACCCCCUGGACGUCUGGCUUCAGUUUGUGGAGUACUUGGACCACAGCUUACCCGCGGGCGGCGGGGAAAUGUCGCCGGUGCUCGACCGGCUGCUACAGAACUUCAUCGGUGUGGAGCGAUACGCCGAUGAUGUCCGAUUUGUCAACAUGUGCAUCAGAUGUGCCACUUAUUAUUCUGAGCCCAUCGCCCUGUUCCAUUACAUCUUCAACAAAGGCGUGGGCACCAGGACGGCGGCGCUCUACGUGGCCUGGGCUCAGUGCUUUGAGCGCCGAGCGAUGCCGGAGCAAGCCGACGCCGUUUACCGGAAAGCUCUGGAGAAGCGAGCCCGGCCCGCUGAAAGCGUGAUGCGAGAGUACGGGCAGUUUCAGGCCAGAAGCGGAAGCCAGGAAGCGGCGUCAGGAGGAGGUCCGAAGCCGCCGGACGAGCCCCACCCGCCGUCGCACGGCGUGCCUGCUGCCGCUCCGUCGCAGGCCGCAGUGGAGUUCCCAGGCAGCGGAGCCUUCUACGUCCGCACAGUGUCGCGCUCCGAAACGCCGAGCGCCUCCGGCCACGACCCCGACCGGGUGUUCGUGUCCAUGUACUCCGAGGACGCGCUGGCACGCGAAGGAUCCGAGCUUUGCUUCGAGGAAGUACGAGCGCGGACGUACUUCGAGAAGAGGAAGCGACAGCGGGAGGCCGACGAGCGACAAAGACGUCGGCGCGCGGGGGACGGCGCGCCGCCGCUCGCCACCUUCCCGUCUGCCCGAUGUCCCGUUGUCUCGCGUGAAGAGGAGCGCGCAGUGCGGCAGGAUGAGGAGGCCGCCAGCACGCUGCGGUGCCAACUGAACCAGAUGUGCAGGACGCUGACGACGUGUGCCGCAGAAAAUGCUUCGGCCCGUCCUACCCAGAAGGCUUUUGGGCAAGAGGAAGGUGGGAGCGACGCACAAGUGGACGAGAACCUCAACGCGACAAGUGCGCUGAACGUUCCCCAGGUCACUCCCAACAAGUCGCUGAGCUGCCCGCAUGCCGCCGCCACGCCAUCACGCGUGUCGCCGUCGCCCACACGCGAGGCCGUGGAUGCGAUCAUGGGAAUGUUCCGGGCCCCUGCGCUCGCCCGGGACCCCUUUGGAGACGCGUCGGCGUUCUUCGGCGCCAGGAAGCCGUCGGACGAUGCAAACGUAUCCGCCCCGCCGGCCAGUGCCACCGCUGCGGAGCCGUUCGCCAUCUACCAGGAUGAUGCCGGCAUUGCGACUUCCCGCGCGUCGGCCAAGAGCAAAGCGGCGCCGGGCCGAGGCUUGUCCGAGAAUCUGCCGUCCGACGACAAGACGGCCGACGACUUGACCGUGUGGGGCGACGGCCGGCUGGCGUCGUGCCCGGACGACACGGCGGAAUUUGCCUUGGCGGCGCGCUGCAUGUCCACACCCUUUGCGCACAAAGGCGCCGUCGGUGCGUCCCGGAGCGCAGUGGACGUGAUGAUGCUCGUCGACAGGGGGACGGAUGACAACACGUUCAUCAGACGCUUGCACAAGCUCAGUCCCAUCAUGGAGCAGAGUCCGCCUGACCAGAAGCUUUCCGACACCGCCGGCGGUCAGCCGGCGGCGCACGGGACCAUCGUGGGCGAGGGGCUCGGGGGCCACCAGCUGAUCGUUUCUUCCGCCACCCUGGCGCAGGCCUCGUUGCCGCCGGCCGCGCUGUCCUUCAAGGACCGGACGCUUGGGUCCACCGCUGCCACGGAGCCUUUUUCCAUCCUGGAAGAUUUGGAGCAGAAUUCCCGACAGGAAGUCGUCAAAAAAUCCUCCAAUUCGCUGUCCGUCCGAAGGGACGCCGCGAUGGCGAGCGUCCGGGCCCCCCUCGGUCCGCCGCCGCCGCCCGCCGACCGACACGUGGCAAGUCCCGAAAAAGAGCGUCAUCGUCUCUCAGACGCCGCGAUGGCGAGCAUCUGGGCCCACCUCGGUCCGCCGCCGCCUGCCGACCAACACAUGGCAAGUCCCGAAAAAGAACGUGAUCGUCUCUCAGACGCCGCAAAGGCAAGCGUCCGGGCCCCCCUCGGUCCGCCGCCGCCCGCCGACCGACACAUGGCAAGUCCCGAAAAAGAGCGUCAUCGUCUCUCAGACGCCGCGAUGGCGAGCAUCUGGGCCCCCCUCGGUCCGCCGCCAUCGCCCGCCGACCAACACAUGGCAAGUCCCGAAAAAGAGCGUCAUCGUCUCUCAGACGCCGCGAUGGCGAGCAUCUGGGCCCCCCUCGGUCCGCUGCCACCCGCCGACCGACACAUGGCAAGUCCCGAAAAAGAGCGUCAUCGUCUCUCAGACGCCGCGAUGGCGAGCGUCUGGGCCCCCCUCGGGCCGCCGCCGCCCGCCGACCGACACAUGGCAAGUCCCGAAAAAGAGCGUGAUCGUCUCUCAGACGCCGCGAUGGCGAGCGUCCAGGCCCCCCUCGGUCCGCCGCCGCCGCCCGCCGACCGACACGUGGCAAGUCCCGAAAAAGAGCGUGAUCGUCUCUCAGACGCCGCGAUGGCGAGCGUCCGGGCCCCCCUCGGUCCGCCGCCGCCGCCGCCCGCCGACCGACACGUGGCAAGUCCCGAAAAAGAGCGUGAUCGUCUCUCAGACGCCGCUCAGCUGCUCUCUGACCCCUGGAGCAGCGAGCUCAUCUCGGAUUUCCUGUCAACUAUGAGCCCGCCCCUCACCUCGCACCCGCAGUGCAUCAGCUGGCAGCGCCGCCUCCCUGACAUCGGCCCCAAGAUGACCAUCAGCAUGGGAAAGGCGUCUCUGCGAGUGGACCGCGUCCUGGGCCGAGGAGCGUUCGCGACCGUUUAUCAGGCGACUGACCCCGCCGGCUCUGACAAGAUGGUGCUCAAGGUGCAGAAACCGGCCAAUCCCUGGGAGUUUUACAUCCACACUCAGCUCGACCGUCGCCUGCCUCCGUCCGUCCGUCAUCUGUUCGCCCGCGUCCGCACGGCUCACGUGUUCACCGACGGCAGCGUCCUGCUGGGCGAGCUGCACAGCUACGGCACCCUGUUGAACGCGGUGAACGUCUACAAAGGUCUCGGUGACAAAGUGAUGCCGCAGCCUCUGGUCAUCUACUUCACCGUGUGCGUCCUGCGAAUGCUGGAAGAACUGCACGCCGCACGAAUCAUCCACGCCGACGUCAAGCCAGACAACUUCAUGCUCGGACAAAGGUUCGCGGAGAACGACGACUUUGAGCCGGAGAACCUGGAGCACGGUCUGGUCCUCAUCGACCUGGGCCAGAGCAUCGACAUGGACCUCUUCCCGCCGGGCACGGCUUUCACGGCCGCGUGCUCGACGUCCGGCUUCCGGUGCACGCAGAUGCUCGGCAGGAAGCCUUGGAGCUACCAGACAGACUACUUUGGCGUGGCAGGCACCGUGCACGUCAUGCUGCUGGGGACGUACAUGCAGGUUGUGGAAGAAGACGGUGUGUGGAGGACCUGUGCCACAUUUCGCAGGAACCCUCACAGCGAAAUGUGGCUGCAUUUGUUCCACACGCUGCUCAACAUCUCCGCCUGCCGCCCGGUCCCGGCGACCCUGGCUGACCUCCGCCGCCGUCUGACUGCCGUUCUGCAGCGCAACUACCGCGGCAAGAUGGCGUCGCUCAAGAGCCGCCUGCUGAUCCUGCUCCUGGAGAGCUGCAAGGCCGCUCGGCGCUGACGCUGCCGCGGAGACCUUUUUUUGUGGGUUUUUUUUAAGGGUUGUUUGUUUGUCGACGCUGGCGCAGCGUCACGCAUCCCGCAACAUAGUGGCAGGAUCAUAAAGUGCCGUGAUGUUAAAAAAAAAAUAAAAAAUAAAAGACUUGUUUAGGUUAGAAUGUGUUGAAACAAUAAAAACUUUCACAUGUAA